CGGAAACUGAAGCCGACGCGCACAAACAUGGCAGAACACGCUUCCCUUUUGCAGACUUUGUCUCUUGCGCUGAGAACACAUUUUACCCUCCAAACGCAACUGCUGCAGCAUCUGUGCGCGGCGCAGAGAGAGAGGCACAGACGGCGGUUACGAGCAAGACGACAGAUAAUCCUGCGACUCAUUAGAGGACGGAGACCUCCCGUUGCAUGGGCUCAUCCACGUGCACAUCACUGGUGGGACGUGGUUGUUCCUGGAUUCACCUCCGCGCAGUUCAUCCAUAAUUUCAGAGUCUCACCAGAGUCUUUCGACUACAUCUGCAGCCGUCUGAGCCAUGCACUUCAAAGGAAGAACACCAACUACAGACUGUGUGUGCCGGUACGAAAACGAGUUGCCAUUGCCAUUUGGAAGCUUGCCACAAACAGCGAGUACAGAGCCGUCAGUCAUCUUUUUGGGGUAGGCAUAAGCACAGUUUUCAACUGUGUGCAGGACUUCUGCAGUGCUGUAAUUGAGGUGCUUCUCCCUGAACACAUAACAUUCCCUGAUACUGGGAAGCUGGUGGAGAUGGCCAGUUAUUUCAGUAGCCACUGGGGAGUACCACAAUGUGUCGGAGCAGUUGACAUCAGCCACAUACCUAUAAAAACACCAGAGGAGUAUCCUCGGGAUUAUUUUAACCGUAAAGGAUGGCAUUCAGUAAUAUUGCAAGCAGUUGUGGAUGGCAAAGGCCUCUUCUGGGAUGUGUGUGUGGGCUAUCCGGGGAGUGUACAUGCCACACAAGUACUACAGCAGUCCCAGCUAUGGGAAAAGUUGAGUGAUGGUCAGCUGUUAAACCAAAACAAAAUGAGCAUCUCUGGGCGUGACAUUGGACAUUACCUCCUUGGAGACCCAGCUUACCCCCUACAAGCUUGGCUCAUGAAGCCAUUUUCUGACACGGGCAGACUAACAACACAGCAGCAGAUAUACAACUACAGCAUAAGUGGUGCGAGGUCAGUUGUAGAGAUGGCAUUCGGUAGGCUAAAGGGCCGAUGGAGGUGUCUCUUAAAAAGGAGUAACUGCAAUCUGAAACUGACAAAGAAGAUGGUGUUGGCUUGCUGUGUGCUUCACAACAUUUGUGAGGAACGUGGUGAUCACUUCAGGGAAGACCUUCAAACCAUGCACGUGAACGUGGAGCCACCUCUACAGGUACUACCUGAGCAGGGACAGCCAGAAGGAGCUACUGUAAGAGCUGUCUUAAUGGACUACUUCAGUUGGCAGGAACAGUGAUCUGUUCAGCAGUUUUACAGAGUGGAAAUGAUUCACUCUGCCAAUAAAACCUUCCUGAAAGAAUGUGGAAUAAAGCAGCCAAUGAUGUUUUAGCAAUGUACAUUUUAUUUACAAAACUGUGACUUGUGUGUCCAGUGCAAUGGAGCAUAUUCAAAACUGUCUGUUUAAAAAAAUAAAAUGUGUCCACAUGUAACCGAA